AGAUUUUAAUUUGGGUAAGAUUUUUCUCUUUAUGCAGAUACUUUUUCUCUUUCUCGGUGGCUCAAUUAACUACUUUUGCUCUGGGAGAAGGAAGAAGGUGUUUGCUGGUAGGAAGAAGAAAGAGGCUCAUGCUCUUCGCUUAAGGUAAAUCGUGGCUUUCAAUUUCAUUUUUGUUUUUCUGAUUCCAUCUCUUUCGAUUUCAAUUUCAAUUUCGUUUCUUUGCUUAUCGUUCGUGUCCAAGGAGGUUGCGGCUCCUGUCUUAUCAGGAAGACGUUUUCUCUUUCGAGUCCAUCAUUCUCUCUGAAAUUAGGUAAUAAACACCUUUCUCCUUGCUUUCAAUUUCGUCUUUGUUUCGAUUUCAUUUCCACUACUUUCAGUUUCGUCGUUCUUUCAAUCUCCAUGCUUUUAUUUUCGUCUCAAUGCAAUUAUGUCUUCUGAUCUCAACGUGUCUCUCACUGUUCUCACCACGAACAUGUUUGUUUAUUUAUCUCUUCAUUUUGCCCUAACUUUCCUUGUUUUGUUGUGUGGUUGUCAAUUUCCUUUGCAAAGAUACUGAUACAAUCAAUCAGACUAGGGAUAGAAGUUUUAGGCCGAGUUCCAAGAAAAAAAGCAUUUUGUGAUGUUAGUUAAUAUACUAUGGCCACAAGCACUCCAGACAUUUUGGAAUUCUAGCUUUGGAAUGGUUCCAUAUCGAGGCAACAGGUCUUACUCCACACGUCAAAUUACUUACUUUGGAAGAAUGAUAAAGGAAACACAAUGUGCUAGGCGGUCUAUAGUGAGUGCAUAUUCACCUGAAGUCAGUUGUCAAGACCAAAGAAUGGAAGACAGGGAUCUCGGGGGAACGAAAAAUGUGUGUAUGAUAAUGAUUACAAAUAUGGAUAAAAAGUUAUCAUCUACAGUUGCAGAGUUCUUACGAAGAUAUACUUCUCUAUCAGUCAGAGUCUUCAUUUUUCCAAAUUUGUCAAUGGAGGUAUAUACUAGGGGAGCCAUUAUGGUGCAUUCUGAAAAAGAGUUCCAAGAGUUGUGUGGCUUUUUGAAUAAUCCCAACUGCAUCAUAACAUCUUCAACUGGCAGAUGGCUUUUGAAUUAUAUGGUAUGCUUGCCGGCAAUGUCAAUCCAAUGAUUGGAGAGAAUGUGAAGCCAGCUUAUGGAGGUGGAGAAUAAGCUUUUUUGGUUGGCCUAUGCGUGCUGAUGCUGAUUUCUUUUGCUUACCGCCUUCUGAAAAGUUGUUUUUUGAUAAAUCUAAUAAAUUGUGGUUUGACAAUGGGUUGGGGCAACAUCAUCCAAUUUAAGCGUACUCUUGGUAGAUGCAGCAGUAAUUUAAGCAGUAGCAGGGAGAAAUAGUGGAGGAUUGUGCAUGCAUGUGUGUCACAUACCAAUAUUGCAACAUCGUCCAAUUUGCAUUAAUAAAAUAAAAAUGUGUAUGUACUCUUGAAGAUAUUAUGACGAAAAUAAUGGAUCUCAAGAUUGUCUUAGUUUCCAUAUAUGUAUAUCUUCAUUCCUUAGAUGCGGUGAAGUGCAGUUUCUAUUCAUUUAUAUGUUUAUUUAUACUUAAGUUGAUAAUCAUGUGAUUUUAGUGGUUGUU